CUAACAACUAAUCCUGUAAGUGAAUAUUCAUACGUGCGAAAGAUUGGUGCAGAAAGAGGAUUCAAGUGCGAAGGGUUGAAUGUUUCAACGCUGAAUUCUCUUGAGGAAACAACAAUGAGAGUUGACCAGCAUAUUAGCAGCUAUCACAUCACUUGAAGAAGCGGAUUUGCGUUGUGGGGGAGACGAAGACUGGUUAGCAGGCGACAACCCUGGGCUAAAAUUCGUAAUCGGCAGGAUUUAAGAUGCAUAUCGAGACCAAAGAGGGGGAUAACGAUGUUGAUGAAUGAUGAUGCAAGGGAGGCGACACGACGGAUCACGAAGAGCGAGCGAUGAUGUUUUCGGAGCGAGAUCCAAGCCGCAAUCUCCCUGCUACUACAUCCUAUCAUUAUCACGACUCAAACCCCCCUCCUGCUGCUCUUCGUAUAUCCACUUGCGCACUCCGUAGCGAUCAUAGGCUUCCCCAACACGAGAGGCGGCGGAGCGCGGAGUGAUGAUGCUGUCCCUCAAGGCGGUACUCGCCUCGGCCGUGGUGGUGGUAACGACGGCCGCGAUGCUGCUCCACGCGGGUCCACCUAUUCAACGGCUCCUCGCCGCCGAGGUACCACGGGCGUUCGCCUCCCUUGUUGUGUGGCUCACACCGCCCUACCUCUACUUCGUACUCAACGCUGUCAUCCUCUGUAUCGCCGCCUCCUUCCGCUUCGACAAGCCGCACGCCCACUCCGCCGAGUUGGCACCUUCUCCUACGCCUGAGAUGGUUGUUCACCUCAUGGAAUACAUGCCUCCUUACGAGGAGGAUCUCGUGGAAGACGCCUCCUCGACGCGGUUCGUCACCGCGACGACGGAGGAUGACAGAGGAGACCAGGAAGCGAUAGUUCUGGGCGAGAAGGAGACGGUGUCCAAGGCAGAGACAGUGGGAGAAGAACAAGAAGUGGGUCAGGAAUUCGUGACUUCGAGCUCAAACUUCUCUCCGGAGCAGAGGCCAUCGACGGAGUCACCGAUGGAGUACGUGGCCGGGUUGGAGAAACCGCUUGUUUUGAUCAGAUUCGGACACCGCAAGAGCCUCAAGCCCGGCCCUGACGGUAAGGCGUUGAGGAGGGUGGCGAGGCCAAGGCGAGAGGAGACGCUGGAGUGCACGUGGCGGACGAUUACGGAGGGCCGUGCGAUGCCGCUCGCGCGCCACCUCAAGAAAUCCGACACGUUGGACACACGUGUCGUUCGCGAGGAUGCGGCAGAACCGGAUGCGGCGGCGGCGAUCCGGAAGUCAGAGACGUUCAGCGACUGCGCCACCGCGAGACCGCUGGCUGACGGAGGCGUCGGGGAGUCAUCGUCUUCUUUGACGUGGAAAACGUCGGGAGUGGGGCGGGGGAGGCUGCGGAGGGAGCCGUCGCUGGGGCAGGAGGAGCUGAACCGGCGGGUGGAGGCGUUCAUAAAGAAGUUCAACGAGGACAUGAGGCUGCAGCGGCAGCAGUCGCUUCAGCAAUUCAUGGAGAUGAUCAACCGUGGGAGUCACUGAUCAAUCU